GCGCUUGUCAUCGAUCUACAUCCAACGAACAUGUCUCAAGCUAAAUUCGACAAAGCCGUUGCCAUCGUGCAAAGCCUUCCCAAGGAUGGGCCCAUCAAGCCCUCUCAAGAGGAGCAGCUUUUCUUCUACAAAUACUAUAAGCAGGCCACUCUCGGUGAUUGCAAUACCACCCGACCUGGGAUGUUGGACUUCACUGGCAAGGCCAAAUGGGAUGCCUGGAAGAGUGUCGAAGGAACAUCGAAAGAAGAGGCCAUGAACAAGUAUGUGGAGAAACUGUUGGAGAUUCUCAAGAAGGCCGACAACGAAGAGGCGAAGAAAUUCGUGGCAGAGCUUGAAGCUGCGUAAGCUGUCUCUGACAGCAUUGAUGAACAUGUACAUGUACAAGUAUCGCGAUUGGAAGAAUGAUCCCGAUUGUUUGGAUAAGAUACAUAAGAAUGCUAUGCACUCCACUGGAACCUAAUGUCAGGGCGGGCGCAAGGCAGUCAUAUGCUGCUAGCAGUUGUCCUCUGAAUGUGUAGAUCCGUGCAGAAAAUUGUACCGGUGUGC